AUGGCAACAGAACUGAAUGAUUUACUAGGAGAAACUUUACUCGCAGUUAACACUGAUGUAACAAGCGAAUCAUAUCGACAAGUUCCGAUCGAUGAGCUUAAGAACAAGGUCUUGGCAAUUUAUUUUUCGGCUCAUUGGUGUCCACCUUGUCAACAAUUUACUCCAAAGCUAGCUGAAUGUUACAAAAAAAUUCAGUCUGAAUUACACGACAAGUUUGACAUUAUAUUUGUCUCGUCGGACGAAGAUGAAACAUCUUUUGACGAAUAUUUUCGCACGAUGCCAUGGAAAGCUCUUCGUUAUUCAGAUCGAGAACGUUCGAAAAAACUCAGCAAAAAGUUCAAUGUAGACGGAAUUCCAACACUCAUAGUUCUCUUAGCUGAUGGAAAUCUCUUAACUGAAAAUGGCCGAAAUGAUAUAGCAAGUAAAGGAGCGGAAGCUGUCCGAUCUUGGGUACAGGGUCUCUUAUGGCCAGGUAUUUCCUGCAAUGCUUGUCAAAUGAAUCCACUCGUUGGUCAACGAUACAAUUGUUCUACAUGUGACAAAUACAAUUUAUGUUUUGCAUGUCAAAACAACGGACAUGAACACGAACUUACGCUUAUGUCUCCAGAACUGUCGACCAUUGGAGAGAUUGUUUGGAAAGGAAUCGACACUAGCUAA